UCUCUCUCCCUCCCUCCCUCUCUCUCUCAAACGUAUCGAUUGGCUGCGGAAUAGAGAAUUUCUGAGCGGAAGACGAUUGCUCCGCGAACGUCACUGCGCAGACGCGCGCGCAAAAAAAAAGGGGGAAGGAGUCUCGUUAUCGUCUCUCUUUAUUUACCUUGGCUUCUCCAAUUGUAAGUUUGACUCGAGAGACGCUCCGGCUAUUUUUACGGCAUCUGUGCUGUUAUAGGUGUUUAUUUGUAACAAUGUACGCGUUGAACGUGGGUGGUAUGUAGCUUUUAAUAUCGAGGUGUGCCAAAGAGGUUGUUACGGGAAUGGAAAAUAGCAAUGAAUGAUGAUUGUCGAAAAUUCACGGCGUCUCGUGAGCGAGUCGCGAAAAAUUACUUUCUGCGCUCGCUUUCUUUUAGGAGACUCAGGUUCACGAUGCGUCGCACAGAAGUCCCGUCUGGGCAGUCGAGCGGUUCGCACGUCUUCCGACGGAAGAUAAAUUUUUGAUCCUGCGGGAUUGCAUCAUCCCGCGCGUGGCCCGGUUACCGGGCCAUUGCAUUGUUUAACUCAUAUUUAGCCUAUUGGUUCGACGUGGCCGUGUGCUAUAGGGUGGGGACUUAUACAUUGGAGGACAAUUGGUUCGACGUGGCCGUGUCGGCUCAGCGUUUGAGCCGGGAGCCAUAGGAUAGAAGAAGAAGAAGACGAUGCGUCGCGAUUAGUCUCGCUGGUAGAGGUCUGCCGUCGUCAGUAUGAACGUGAGUGACGCGGAGACGUACGACGAGGACGUCAACGAUCAACCGGUCGAUUACAGCAAAAAGUACGUCGAGAGGAAUGCCACGCCGCAGAAUCAACGCCCGGCCGACGGUUCGCAGGCGAGCCACGUGUCGAAGAAGGAGUUCGAGGAGCGCGACAGCAAGGUGGACCUGUUCGGCGACUAUGCCGAGACCGAUCUCGAUCAGCCCACGGAUUAUAGUCUGCGAUACGCCGAGGACGACACCGACGAGGAGGAGAAGCAGGACAACGAGUACUUUCCCGGCAGCGAGCAGGAGGACACCGUCAAGACUUAUUGCACGGAGGGAACCCCAUACGAGACUCCCUUCAACUUCUCCACGGCCACUUCCAUGUCGGAUCUGCGAGUUGAAGACAUAAAAGAGAACGUACUUGUGAAGAAGCUGCCGAAGAAGCCGACCGAGGCCAGCAAAGUACCUGUGUCCUUCAUCAAGCAGACCGAGCCUCUUAGUUGCGACGAGCAGAGUGAUCUACGAACGAAAGAGCUCGAGGAGGACAAUUCGAAGGACGCCGCCGUUCUUAAUCCUGGACAAGUGACGCCAGAGAAGAUGGUCAAUUAUUACGAGGAGGAGGAGACGUCUCGUGGCUUCUCACGCGCCAAUUCGCUUAGCUCUCUGAGUAGCGCGAAUACUCCUCAGAACAAUGUCACGGAUGUUAUGUCGAAGGAAGAUUUACCGCCUCCCGCGAAUAAGGAAGAGUUGGAAAAUGCUGACCGCAGUGUUGCAAGGCUGAGCAGCAAUCAAACCGAACUGUCGUCGGUGAACGAUACUUCUUUUGAAAAUAAGAGCAGCCCACGUGUGUUAGAUAAAGAAGGAAAAAUGGUGACAUUCGGUGGCCAAGAUUACUACACGGAAGAAACCCCUUUAAUGUUUUCACGCUGUAGUUCGCUUGGCUCGUUGAGUGGUUUCGAGCAAUAUUCCAUCCACGAUGACCGUAGUUCUGUGAUCAGUGACUUUAGCCGUAGGACCAGUGGCGUAGUCUCGCCCAGUGAACUGCCUGACUCGCCCACGCAAACAGUUUUGCCCAGUCCACGCAAUCAUAAACCCCAGAAUGCAGAAUUUAUAUCGAAGAUACAAGACGAAGCAGUAAGACCAUCAGUCCGGCAUUUAUCAUUUUCUAAACCGCCUGCCACCAGGACUAGUGUUUUCGAAGAUGACAUUGCCACUUUCAAGGAAGAAUCAACACCAAUCGAAUUUUCCAGUACUACCAGCCUGAGCUCUCUUACAAUCGACGACGAAAUCAAAAUACCCAAUGACACUAAGACAUAUCGCACAAUGGAAGGAACAUUUGAUACAAACGAGAAAGACGUUCGUGCACUCGAGAAAGAUAUGCUUGAUAUGAAAAUAAGUAGCUCAGAUAAUAAUGUGAAAGAGGAACAAGUAAGUGACGGCGAUGAAGAUGGCGAGGACAUGUUGGAUGCGUGUAUUAACAUGGGAAUGGGAAUGCAGACUAACAGAUAUAGACAGUCUCUGAACUCUCAGAAGUCUGUGCAAUCAGAGUCGACGAGCAUCCUAGUGACGUAUCAGAGAAAUUCUAACCCAGCCAGAUUGGAAUCACACGCGACUCCCGUCAAGACGCCUGUCGGUACUUCGAAGAGUAGAACUGCAAUGGAAAUCGUUGCUUCAGACACCGUACAUGUGUAUUGUACGGAGGAUACGCCCGCAGAUAUCUCUCCGGUGGGAUCUCAAUCCAAUCUGUCUGCUCUCUCAAUGCCAAGUGUACAGGAGGAUAUAGAGAAGAUUGUGUGCGAACAAGACAAAUCGGUCGAAAGCGACAGAAAUGACUUGUUUGAUGAAAAUUCCAAUCUUUCGGGCGAAGAUGAGAAAAUAUUGGACGAAUGCAUUCAAUCGGGCAUACCUAAGGCAAGACAAUCAGCUCCACCUUCAACAAACGGCAUUCUGUUUGGUAAAAAAUCUGAAACACUAUCGCAUAAGUUUAACAAGUGCGGUACACCGUCAUCUUCACCCGUUGAGACGAGUCAUGGAAAUAAAAAUUCCAUAUUGAGUCCCAAAUCACCAGGUAGCGCGUCAUUGAGACACCCAGACGAAUUUUCAGACGAUAGCCUGAAUCAUUCAGACGACGAUGCAAUUUUGACGGACUUUAUACAAUCUGCAAUGCCAAAGGCAAGAUUUAAUUUAUCGCCGCCAAUUAGGCCGCCGUUAGUACAAGCUGCGGAAAAUCGUACAACGAUCAGCAUACAGCUGUCAUCCUCCACCUCAUCAACAUUUUAUCAGUCAAGGUAUAUGGAGCAAAAGAAAAGUAUAGUGAAGAAAUUCUUACCUUUCGAAGACAAUGUCGGACUUUCUGAAGAAGAAGAAGAUAUUAUGUUAGCACAAUGUAUUAGGUCUGGUAUGCCAAAAGCAUCAAAUUCCAUGCCGUCUACAACAAUGGCAUCCACAGCCAAAAAACCUGAACCAUCUCUGAAAACUACAGCCAAUUUUCCUAUCCCUUCAGCUUCCUACUUUGCAAACAAGUCUCCUUCUGCCAGGAAUACCGUGCUGUAUUCACCAUCCUUGUAUAAAUCUACGAAUGUCAACACGGCGGAUGUGCGUUUCACUAGAAGCGUAUCCGGCAAUUUUAACCACUUUCCUGGGAAAGCAACAAGCAGUAGUACGGCACAGACCUCCGGGCAAACAUUAAAACACUGUGAUAACGGUACACGCGACAGGAUAAACAAUUCGCCGCAUUGUACUCGAAGAUCACCGCUUCGUCAUACGGAAAGUCAAAACGGUAAUUUCGUUGAUAAUCUGUGUAUGCGAUCUCGCGAUGUAAAGUGCGGGCCGAUGUGUAAUAGAGUCCAAAACGACGACGAGUACACGUGCAAAACUCACAACACAGUGAAAUCCAAUACGGUGCCUUCGCGCCACAGUUCAGGAAGUUCCCUCAGUGAAGAAGGUUCCACGGAGGAAUGGGCGCUGCUAGAAUUGUGUAUCACUUCUGGUAUACCUAGAAGCAAGUGUCAAGUUAAAGGAUCGAAGCCUGAUGAGAAUGCAAUUUCCAACAGUCACGAUGACUGCGAGCCGAUACCGGAGGACAAUUACUCGGUGUGCAGUUACAAUUCUUAUAUUUGUAAGACAUAACAUGCGCGUAUCGCAUAUACUAUGAUAGAGUUUUCUCUCUCUGUCUGACAAUUUGUACAUGCAAUAUUUGCAAAAAAGACUGAAUAUUUUUGUAUCU